AUGGCAGAAGCCGGACAACAAAAAGUGACCGCCGCGUUCCCGCCUCCGCCGCCCUUCUGGAAACAUUUCACGUCGCAGAACCUCAAGAAGCUGGAUGAAUGCAAGAAAGAGCACGAGGAAAAGAUUGGUUCGAAACAGAUUUGGACACCUGAAGCUCUUCGUAUGCUUGAACUGCCACCGGAGCUGCGAUUCCUAGUCCCACCCCAAGCUCCAACAUCAAGUUCCUACUCGCUAUUCGGCGAGUCGCAAUCGGUUUCAAUAAAUCUUCCCUCAUUACAAGAACAAGGCAUCGAGCAACUUUACCCCUCCCCGCCCUCGGGAAACGCCUUACCUGCCAAUCACCGAUUCUACCUCCUAAAAAUCAGCAAAUCCCUUCUUCUCAACUUCCUUGAGUUUAUCGGCAUACUCGCACUCUGCCCAGAGCGUUUCGAAUCCAAAGUGCAAGACAUACGAAACUUGUUUAUCAACGCCCACCACCUCCUAAAUUUGUACCGACCGCAUCAGGCGCGAGAGUCCCUGAUAAUGCUGAUGGAGGAGCAGCUAGACAGGACUAAGGAAGAAAUAAAAGAGAUGGAUAGGAUUAAGGUGAACGUUGAGGGUUUUCUUAAACAGUUGGAGGCUGAAGGGUCAAAUAUUGCCGGUGCAAGUUCUGCGAAGUCCGGCCCGUCUCUUAAGCAGCCCGACUUUACAGCUCAAGAAGAGGACGCCAUCGAAGAGGCCAGGUCGAUAUGGAAUUUGCUCGACCAAAUUGAUGAAGAUUGA